AUACUCACUCGGCAUGGCCGCUGUACAGAAGCUGAAGAGGUGUGCGGUGUCUCAGACUGGAAAACACACCGCCUCCGUCAUCUUUCUUCAUGGCUCAGGAGACACAGGGCAGGGAUUACGAGCAUGGGUUCGUGAUAUUUUGACACAGGACAUGGCUUUUGAACAUAUCAGAGUGAUCUACCCUACAGCUCCAGCAAGGCCGUACACACCCAUGAAUGGGGCGCUGUCUCACGUGUGGUUUGACCGUUACAAAAUCUCUCGUGAUUGCCCAGAGCAUUUGGACUCUAUUGAAGAAAUGUGCAGUAAUUUAGGAGCCGUAGUCCAAGAUGAGGUCCGAGCUGGUGUACCAAAGCACAGGAUGGUUAUCGGCGGGUUCUCUAUGGGUGGAGCCAUGGCAUUACACCUGGUGUGCAGGUACCACCAGGAUUUGGCUGGAGUCUUUGCGUUGUCCAGCUUCCUCAAUAAGGAGUCGGUUGUAUAUCAGUCUGUUGAAGAUGCAGCACAACAUCCCUUACCAGAGCUCCUCCAGUGUCAUGGGACAGCUGAUGAGCUGGUGUCCCACAGCUGGGGUGAGGAGACCAGCAGUCUGCUGAAGAAGGCUGGCAUGACUACCACGUUCCACUCUUUUCCUGGACUCAACCAUCAGCUCUGCCGGGUAGAAAUGGAGCUCCUGCGCUCCUGGAUCUUGAAGAAGCUUCCAUCUGAAAACUCUUCCAGUGCUGGACACUGAUCUGCACAACUCUCACUGUGUUACUCUGGCCAAUUAAUUUGUAAUAAAUUCUGUUUACUCUA